GAGAGACUAGCGGGUGUCUGUCUGCCUGUGAUGAUGAAACAGCGACUGAAGAGCAAGAGAACGGGAACUGACUGAUCGGCUCCAGAAACACAACGGGACAUUAGGACCAACGCUAUGGGCAUCAAACUGUAUUACACCACCGUCACUGCAUCGAGAGAGGUCAAGUCUCAGCAGGCCGAGGUGAUGCGUAUUCUGGAAAGUAAGAGCAUCAAGUAUGAGCUGAUUGACAUCUCGGUGGGCGGUGCUGUUCGGGAUGAGAUGAGGAGUAAAUCUGGCAACCCCACGGCAAUCCCACCUCAGAUAUUCAAUGAAGACCAGUACUGUGGGAACUACGAGAUGUUUUCUGAGGCGGUGGAGGCAGACACAGUGGAACAGUUUCUGAAGAUUGAAUGAGAGCCAAACCUGGUAGCAACCAUCAUCCUCUUCCCUCCCCUGGUCCAUGUCCACAUUCCCAAAGGGAGGCCUGCCUGUCCCCCUCUGCUCCGCUGGCGGCGCCUGCCUUCGAUGUGUCAAUGCCAUGCCAAAUGCCAAAAAAAUUAACAGAAAAGCACCUACUUACUCUGUACCACCUCAAACUGAGACCCGUUCACUCUUUCAUUCCUUCAUGCUUUUGUUUCAAUGAUCUUGUUUAUUUCCUCUCUUGUGUCCUCUUUGGUUCCGACUCUUAAACGCCACUAAUUUGUCUUAAUCUUGUUUGGAUCAGAGCUCUUGGAUGUGUAGUAAUAAGGUCACCUAAUCUGAGCAGCAGCCCUAUGUUUAUUCCAGAUUGAACUACUGCACAGUCCAAGAAACACAGGCAUCAUUUUGUGUCCGAUUUGUAUAGAUGGCCUUUAUUCCCGCUUUUAGUACUGAUAAAUCAUUUAGAAAUGGUUAACUCUCCAUGGGCUGAAAUUUAUUAUGUGUUGGUACCUUAAAAACACAGGCCCUAAUUUCCAGCAUGAUGUGAACCAGCUGCAUUGGAUUCUAUAUUAAGCACACUGCUUUGUAUUGUGUGUUUUAGCAGUGUUGAAGCCACAGGUAUGCUCUCCGAGACAGAUUUCCGUUUAACAUUCCCAAAUCCAGGGACUGAAAAACGUUCCAUUGCGUUAAACUGUGCCAAUAAAUGUCUGUACGAAUGUGUUUUCCAUGCAAGUAUUUUCCUCUGGGUACAAACCUUAUUCCAAAGUCUGAAAUAUCUAAGAAUCUGAAAAUCCACCGUAAGGAUGAAUCCCACAAUGUUUUGGCCAUGUUUUACCAAAAUAAGAAAUCAUAUUUUGCAUUAAAAAAUAGGAUUUAUUUUUGCAUUGUGAUAUUUCUUUCAUGACAGAUAAGCUAGUAGUAUAUAUAAUACUACUAUUACAUAUAAAUGCUUUAGCAAUUUUAAUUUUACAUUUAAAUUGAUCUGCAUUGCUAUAAUGAUAAUUCUGCUAAAUUGUCAUGAAGAUAAUUUCAAAAUGCAACAAAAAAAGGCAUCAUUUUGCAAAAUAUAAUUUGUUAUUUUCGUCUUUUGAUUUUAGAACGAAAUAUGAUCCGGACACAUAAUGAGAGCGAUCGGCUUAACUGCUUAACCCAAUGAGUGGGUAAUAUACUCCGACACAUUCCUGUUAUGCUGCAGAACUUCAUCUCAUUUCAUUCUAAUAAUGCAUUAAGUGUUGGUGUUUCUGUGAUAAGCAAUGCAAACCCUCCCUGAGCUCUUAAUUAGCUCAGUACUUCAGCUGCAACCACGAAAUUCAUCAUCUAGUAGCCGAAUCCCUCCAUACGGCAUAGUUCACAUGUGCAUGCUGUUCCAUCAAGUGUCUGUUGCCAUCAAAUUGAGCUCACUGGAGGUUGUAGCAUUGACUUUUCCAGCAGGUUAUCCUCUAGCAUGUUAUGUUGAUCAUAUUGGUACUUAAUUUUUAUACUGUAUACUUGGCACAGUCUUACAAUCUAGAUGUGAGUCGUGGUCCCACAUCUAAUUCAUUUCAUCUGGCAUCGGUAAUGUCUGCUGCUCUCAGUUGGUCUUGUUUGCAGUAUAUGCCACUAUUGUUCUCUGCGGUCAAAGUUGAGGAUGUGGGACCUGCACGCACAGACAGCUGUGCAUCAAAUGAUUGUGAAUCUUCCUCUGUCUGUAUUGUUUGUAAUGAUUUCUUGUGGUCUCUUUGUGCUGUACUGCUUUGCUUUUGGACCAACGCGCUUUUUGGCCAAAAUAAAAGAAUGAUCAUUAGGGAAA